AUGCAGAACUCGCAGAACUCACAGAACUCACAGGACGUGCACACACCAACACAUCACUACAACACACGGAGCUCUCCCCAACCCACGCGUGCCGGUGUCUACACGCUACGAGCCGAUCUCUUUGUCAAGGAGUCGGUGUAUGCGCGGGACAACAGUGGCAAACGACUGCAUCCACAUGUCUUUGAGGGCGCCCAGUGGAGCAACAUUCGAGCUAGCAUCUUCGACUUCUGCUCAUCGCACAUGAGCCCCAAGGCCACGUACGUCAACGACCCUCGAACGUGGUCGGUCAGUGAUUCUCCUCCCACGUUGGACGACUUCGAGUCGUACAUUUCGAUCAAGUUGGCAAGAUACCACUUCAAGCCCACCAGCAACGAGCAAGCACACGCCUAUCUGGCUUCCCAUGUCAACAGCACCUUCACCAUUCUGAAUGCCACAAUGUCACUCGACGUUGUCGACUCCUGCGUUGAAGAACUUCAAGCGGUGCUGCGAUACACUGAAGACGCGAGCGAGCGUGUCAAGCGUUCAAUUGAAUUCAUGAAUGGGAAGCGUCGUGUCAUCCAAGGUUUCAUGCACCAGAUGCAACAAGCUGCCCAGCAUGCAGAAGUAGUGGCGGCAAUUGCUGCCAUUCCGAAUGCUCAGGAUGUCGAUCACAGUGACACGUAG